CUGUGUGUGUGUGAUCAGUUGGGUUUACUCUUUAAUUCAGUUCAUCGUGUGAUGGAAAGGACUUAAAGUCUAUCAGGAUUAUAAACAGGAUGUGGACCUUAAUGUUACAAAAACACAGCACUAGUUGGGUAAUGAAAUUGUGUUCACGCCUAUUUUGGUUUUGUCUCCGGAGGCUGCCAUAAGACCGACUGCAUCUGAGAUGAAGCAACACACCUUUAACGUGUGAGACCAAUGUGGGUCUGUUUAAAAAGCCAAUGGAGUUUCAUAAAGGGACCAGCUUGAAGGUAGAGAACAAGCGCCUGAUAUUUAAUUCUUUUUAUUAAGCUGUGUACACUCGUACUCUGCUGUGCCACGCAGGCAGCUUUAACUUCCAAGGGAUUUGAAUUGCAGUUUGAAGUGCAAGAUGAAAUUUUUUCUUCUGAUGAUUUUCUACUUGAUCAAUUCCCCUCUAGCUAAUUGUCAUCGUUAUCAUAGCAGUGAUUCAGACAGUGAUGAGGUAAGAAUGAAUUCUCAUCACUAUAGCAGUGAGUCUGACAGUGAUGAGGGAGGCAAUCGUUACCCGUGGUUUCGGCCCAAGCCACUUCCUCCCUGGUUUACCUUCCCUCUCUGGCCUCUGUUCCCUGGUCUGCGGCCGCGGCCGCGACCUGCUACUGUCCCACCUCCACCUCCACCUCCCCCAGCACCAAAACCAAACCCAACCACAACCCCAAGCCCAACCCCAGGCACGCAGCCCCCCCAGACUACAGUUGUUUCUACCACCGAGAGCCCACGAGGAGACAGCGGGUGAACUGUGCUGAUCUGAGAGCAGGAAAAGCUGAUUGAAUAACUUUACUUUCAUUCUCCAUCAACAGAAAGGUUACUCACUGAUAUAGAAAUGUAUAUUGUGUCUCUGUGUUGUUUGCAUCUGCAUGUGUUUUAAGUCAUUUGUGAUUUUGAGGCCAUGUUUGAACCAGAUUUUAUUGAAUUAUACAAAAAAUAUAGAUACAUUUGUUUGCAUGUUUUCACACAUCAGUAUUGGUUCAGCAAGUUUUCCACAUUCUCAUGUAUCUCUGGUGACUGCUGUCAUGUUUAUCACUUUUCAUAUCAUUUUAACAGCAUAAUGUCUUGUUUAACUUUUUUUUUUAAUCAUAUCAUACCACAGACCAUGCAAAAAUGUAAAGAAUUUAAUGAAAAAUUGUGAUUUAUAAGAUAUAAAGUAGAGACAGGCAUUUAGUCAAGGUGUAAUUAUGAGUUUUAUAGGAGGCUGGUGUUGGCGACAGCUGUGUGAGGAUGCUGAUGACACACCGCUGUAAUAUCCACUCAGUGGCUGCGCUCAUCACCCUACCAGGAUCAACACAGCUUAAGAGAGGGAUGAGUGCUGAGCCUGUAAUACCCGACUCUCUGCUUCAUCAGUGAAGUCUGUUGGACUGUAUUUUUUAAAUCAUGACUCAGCCCCUUUUUGUAUUCACCACACUGCUCUGUCGACGCUUUUAUUCACGGAGGCUUUGAAAAAAAUAAGUACAACUGCAUUCACAUAAUUGACACAAUAAUAUACUGCUGUUUCUUAAUAUGCAACCGAAUCACAGUCCUUUCAUGUGUUAUGUUUGUGCCCAAACAGGGGGGUUUUGCACAGCUACUCUUUAUGAAUGUAAUCAAGUUUGUUUCUCGACGUCAAUUUAACUUUGUUAAAUAAUGUCAGACAACAGACAGAGGCUUGGAUACUUUUGAAUCAUGCACUGAAUAAUGCCUUUUGAUUUUAACUCGAUGAUUUUGAGAGUGUGGGGGAUUUGAGAAAUAAAUUUCAAUUUGAAACAAGACUGUUGUUGGGGUGAUAUUUUUGUGGUAAAAUGAAAAUGUAUCAUGGAUCACGGUGUUUGGAGACACACCAAUACAUGUCUUCAGUGUCAUGUGUUGCCUUGCUGAAAAAAUACUAUAAUAAUAAGUAUUAUUCAUUAUAUACCAUUAAUAUUGUUUAAUACCAGAGCUGUU